CUCGCCAGUCGCCGCCGCGCGCGCCUCGGAAUCUGGGGACUCGAGAGCCUGCGAGAGCCAGUCUCAGCCAGACCCCAGGGAGAGCGCGGGGCUGCGGCACCCCGCCCCGCCCGCCACACCUGGGAGCGGUGAGGACCGGGAGAGGCGGGGCGCGGCAGGAGGCUGGCCCGGUGCCUGAGCAGCGCCGCCGAAAGCCGGCCGGACUGGAGCGGGGCGAAGGGGGAGGGUCUCGAGGCCGAGUCCAGCUCCUCCGAGGGAGGGACCCCAGCUGGGGUGGAAAACCUGCACGGGGGAGCCGCAGAGACGCGCCGCGCUGAUCAUGGAGUGGGCCGGCCCCGGCUCCGCGCGGCCGCAGCAGCAGUGGGACCAGGAAUCGGUCGAAGCGUGGCUGGACGAUCACUGGGACUUUACCUUCUCUUACUUUGUUAGGAAAGGCACCAGAGAAAUGGUCAAUGCAUGGUUUGCUGAGAGAGUUCACACCAUCCCUGUGUGCAAGGAAGGCGUCAGAGGCCACACGGAAGCUUGCUCUUGCCCCUCGCAGCAGAGUCCCCGUGCAGAGAGCAGCGUCCCUGGAACACCAACCAGGAAAAUCUCCGCCUCCGAAUUUGAUCGGCCUCUUAGACCCAUUGUCGUCAAGGAUUCUGAGGGAACUGUGAGCUUCCUCUCUGACUCAGAAAAGAAGGAACAGAUGCCUCUAACCCCCCCAAGGUUUGAUAAUGAUGAAGGGGACCAGUGCUCAAGACUCUUGGAAUUAGUGAAAGAUAUUUCUAGUCACUUGGAUGUCACAGCCUUAUGUCACAAAAUUUUCUUGCACAUCCAUGGACUCAUCUCCGCUGACCGCUAUUCCCUGUUCCUUGUCUGUGAGGACAGCUCCAACGACAAGUUUCUUAUCAGCCGCCUCUUUGAUGUUGCAGAAGGUUCAACACUGGAAGAAGCUUCAAAUAACUGUAUCCGCUUAGAGUGGAACAAAGGCAUCGUGGGACAUGUGGCUGCUCUUGGUGAGCCCUUGAACAUCAAAGAUGCAUAUGAGAAUGGUUAUACAAGUGUUCAGUUCAGAAAUUGGUGGUAGUCAUCUCAAAUAUUGAAAGUGGGGAGGUCCUUGAAAGAUGGCAGUUUGAUAUUGAGUGUGACAAGACUGCAAAAGAUGACAGUGCACCCAGAGAAAAGUCUCAGAAAGCUAUCCAAGAUGAAAUCCGUUCAGUGAUCAGACAGAUCACAGCUACAGUGACAUUUCUGCCACUGUUGGAAGUU